UUUAGAAAGGAGAACAAAUCAUUCCAUUUGAGAUAAUAAAAAAGAGUAGUUUUAAUUCAUAGAUAAUGGUUAAGUUAACUAUAGUUGGAAGGGCAAACGAUGGAUUACCUCUAGCACAAGGACUAAGAUAUGUAAAUGAAGAAAAUGGUUAUCUUUCACGAUACAGGCAACAGGCAGAAUUUAUACUCCAAGAAAUUUCAAAAGGAGCAUUGACACCUUCCAUGAUGACCAUUCUCAUUGACCAUUGCUGCUUCAACUUCUUGGUAGAGAAUGGAGUUGUUUACAUUGUUUUGUGCGAGUCCACGUACCCAAGAAAACUAGCAUUUAAUUACUUACAAGACAUACAAAAAGAGUUUGAGAAGUUUGAUAAAACCCUCAUAGGCAAAAUUACAAGGCCAUACAGCUUUGUCAAAUUCGAUGGUAUAAUUGCAAACUUUAGCAGACAAUACAUUGAUACAAGAACUCAGGCCAACCUAUCAAAACUUAAUAUCAAUAAGAAACAAGAGUUAAACAUUAUUACAGAAGAAAUAUCCAUCAUCUUAGAAAGAAGGAGAAUUUCAGAAACAAUGAGAAUGUUACCCGUUAGUCCUCAAAAUUCAGCCUCCUCAAUAUGGUGUUCCCCAAGCCUUGAGGUGAUUGCUAUGAAAUGGACACCAAUUUUGAUCAUGGUCAUUACAUCUAUUGCUCUUCUAGGGGCUGGUUUAGUCCUCACAGAUGACUAUAUUAUUUCAGGAUGAUGAAGCUUCAAUUAUGGAUGGAUUUCAUGCCCCACUAGUUACAACUUUGAUUUUGGAAACUAGUAAAUAUAUGUAGUGGCCCAUUGAAUUCCCUUC